GGCGCAGGCGUCCUCGUCUUGCUCACGCCCCGCUCCCUCUGCCUCCGGGUUCCGCGGAGUUCGGGUGGGGCAGUGCGGCGACGAGUGACAGCGACUGCGGGAGGCCGGUGCUGUGAGGGCGAUGACCAUGUCAGACAGCGGAGCGAGCCGCCUGCGGCGGCAGCUGGAAUCGGGGGGUUUCGAGGCACGGCUAUACGUGAAGCAGCUGUCGCAGCAGUCGGACGGGGACCGCGACCUGCAAGAGCAUCGACAGCGCGUGCAGGCGCUGGCUGAGGAGACAGCUCAAAACCUGAAGCGCAAUGUCUACCAGAACUACCGGCAGUUCAUCGAGACGGCGCGGGAGAUCUCCUACCUGGAGAGCGAAAUGUAUCAGCUUAGCCACUUGCUGACGGAGCAGAAGAGUAGUCUAGAGAGUAUCCCGUUGGCUCUGCUGCCCGCUGCAGCGGCGGGGGCCGCGGCCGGCGAGGACGCGGCGGGCGCGGGGGCCCGGGACCGCCGCCGAGGGCAGGCCGGCUUCCUGCCCGGUCCAGCGGGCUCCCCGCGCGACAGCCCCAACGCGGGCGAGGAGGGAAAGCAGCGCACGCUGACCACACUCCUGGAGAAGGUGGAAGGCUGCAGGCACCUGCUAGAGACGCCUGGGCAGUACCUGGUGUACAACGGGGACCUGGUGGAGUAUGAGGCAGAUCACAUGGCGCAGCUGCAGCGCGUGCAUGGCUUCCUCAUGAACGACUGUCUGCUGGUGGCCACCUGGCUGCCCCAGCGACGGGGUAUGUACCGUUACAACGCGUUGUACCAACUGGACCGCCUGGCUGUGGUCAAUGUCAAGGACAACCCACCCAUGAAGGACAUGUUUAAAUUGCUCAUGUUCCCUGAAAGCCGAAUUUUUCAGGCAGAAAAUGCCAAGAUCAAACGAGAGUGGCUGGAAGUGCUGGAGGAAACUAAGAGGGCCCUUAACGAGAAGAAAAGGAGGGAGGAGGAAGAGGCAGCGGCAGCGCGAGGACCCCUGCAAGUGACUGCUAAGGCCAGCAACCCCUUUGAGGAGGAGGAUGAUGACGAGCCAACUGUUCCUGAGGUAGAGGAAGAGAAGGUGGACCUCUCAGUGGAGUGGAUCCAGGAGCUGCCCGAAGAUCUGGACGUCUGUAUUGCCCAGAGGGACUUUGAGGGUGCUGUUGAUCUUCUGGACAAACUGAACCAUUACUUAAAAGACAAGUCCAGCUCACCUCCUGUGAAGGAACUCAGAGCCAAAGUGGAUGAGCGUGUAAGGCAGCUCACUGAGGUGCUAGUGUUUGAACUCUCCCCAGAUCGCUCUCUGAGAGGUGGCCCCAAAGCCACUCGCAGGGCAGUUUCUCAGCUAAUUCGGCUGGGCCAGUGCACCAAGGCAUGUGAGCUUUUUCUGAGAAACAGGGCAGCUGCUGUGCACACUGCAAUACGGCAGCUGCGAAUCGAAGGAGCCACUCUCCUCUACAUUCAUAAGCUCUGCCAUGUCUUCUUCACCAGCCUGCUGGAGACUGCAAGGGAAUUCGAGACAGACUUUGCAGGCACUGACAGUGGUUGCUACUCUGCCUUUGUGGUCUGGGCAAGGUCAGCUAUGGGCAUGUUUGUGGAUGCUUUCAGCAAGCAAGUGUUUGACAGCAAGGAGAGCCUCUCCACAGCAGCGGAAUGUGUGAAGGUAGCCAAAGAACACUGCCAGCAGCUGGGGGAGAUUGGACUGGACCUCACCUUUAUCAUCCAUGCCCUACUGGUGAAAGACAUCCAGGGGGCCUUGCACAGCUACAAGGAGAUCAUCAUCGAAGCCACCAAACACCGCAACUCAGAAGAGAUGUGGAGGCGGAUGAACCUGAUGACUCCUGAGGCCCUGAGUAAGCUCAAGGAAGAGAUGAGGAGUUGCGGGGUCAGUAACUUUGAGCAGUACACUGGUGAUGACUGCUGGGUUAACUUGAGCUACACAGUGGUUGCCUUCACCAAGCAGACCAUGGGCUUUCUGGAAGAGGCACUGAAGCUGUAUUUCCCUGAGCUGCACAUGGUGCUUCUGGAGAGUCUGGUGGAAAUUAUCCUGGUUGCUGUUCAGCAUGUGGAUUACAGUCUGCGGUGUGAGCAGGAUCCAGAGAAGAAGGCUUUUAUCAGGCAGAAUGCAUCCUUUCUGUAUGAAACAGUCCUCCCUGUGGUGGAGAAGAGGUUUGAGGAAGGUGUGGGGAAACCUGCCAAGCAGCUCCAGGACUUGAGGAACACUUCUAGACUCAUGCGUGUGAACCCCGAAAGUACAACUUCAGUGGUCUGAUGUUUGGGUCUGCUUGUGUGUGCAUACAUAUUGUUUAUGUGUUAUUUGUAUUUAUGUUAUUACAUUAGCAUAUCUGUGAUAGUUGGAGACAGCUCAAAAAUUUAAAAAUGCCUUCUUAGAAAUGCAAAAUGAGGAGAAAAAAACAUGCUAAUUUAAGUCCAUAUAAUGAAAAUAUAGGAAUUAUUAAAACAUAUUAUCUAUGCUUUAUUUUAAAUUAUGUUAAUUCUUUAAUGAACAUGUCCCACUGUAGUAUUGCAGUUUAUUUUAGGUCAAAAAUGCUUUCUCAUAUUAUUCAAGGAAAAAAUGUCUAUAAAUACAUGUCUUUAUGUUGUGAAAUGUCCCAGUUCACCAGAACGUUACUUUUCUUAAAGGGUAUAGUGCCAUCUCAGCCCCUGCCUCAUAGAUUUGUCCUCCUCAAACUGUAAUUGAAUAAUAUGAGCAAAAGAAAAAAGUUAGAAAAAAAUGUGUUUUAAGAUAAAUUUUAUUCAAAAGAAUUAUUUCCUAAAACUAGCUGUGUGUAGAUGUCAGAUAUUCCCAUCCUCAUAGAAUACAAGAGAAAGCUUUCAUGAAAAUCAGGAGCUGAGGGCAUAGUGGCUUCAUGCUAGUAAUCCCAGUUACUGGAAAGGCUGAUGCCAGCCCAGGCAAUUUUGUGAGACCCUAUCUCAAAAGAAAACAACUGGAGAUGAUGGUUCACUAGUAGAGUACCCCUGGGUUCUGUCCUAAGUGCUAGGGGGAAAACAAAAACAAGAAACAGAAAAAUUACCUCAACAAACAUUUCCAUAAUUUGAAUGGCUGAUUAUUUCCACUUGUUAAUUAGCAGCUUGAUAUUUUAUUUGGAAGCAUCUAUUUAGAAAUUGGAAAUGGUAAAGUCCCCCUCCCCCCAUAUUUCUGAAAUGUAUAAGUUUCCAGCUGGAGCUUUUGCUUUUGCAAUAUGUUAAAUUUUUUUCAUAUGUUAAAUUUUUAAAAAAUAAUAAUAAAAGUAGGAUGUACAUUGAAGAACCUUGGCAAUAGCCAGUAACUUUCUGCCCUCCACACCCCUUUAGUGUAGGUUAUAUAGUAGCUCAGUUUGUAGACAAAUGAGAAAAAUUUCUAUUGAAAUCUGUAUGGAUUUCAGGGUUUGGGUUUGGAAAAAAAUGCAGACCUUACUGAUUUCAAGAAUGACUACUUAGAGCAGAGAUUUGUUUUGGAUUCUUUUUUGUAACAAAGAAACUAGCGAUGAGACCAAUAUUAACCAAAGGACAAGGAAGAAGAAACUUGUGAAUCCCAGAAGGCUCUGUGUUGCAUUUUUUUUUGAGACAGAAUCUUACUAUGUAGUUCAGGUGGCCCUAAACUCAUUAUACAGGCCCAGCUGGUCUUGGACUCAUAUCAGUCCUCCUGCCUCAGACUCCCAGAGUGCUGGGAUUACAAGAAUGUGCCAUCAUGCCUGGCCUAUUUUCUUGUUUUGUUUUUAAUUUUUAUUGCCUUGUGUUUAAAAGGACUCCAUAUUAUAAUGCUUAAUUCAUAUUGCUUAGCAAAGCAGAAAUAAGAAAUGUGAGCUCCCAGGUUUUCUAAACUAUGCUUCUACUGUGUAUUAACAUUCUUCAUUAUUUGAAAGAAUUGUUGAUGCUGAGAUUUUUUUGGCAACAUCUUGUGAUUCUUUAAGUGCUAUUUGUGAUGUCCAUGAUUUCUAAAGGUCAUUUCUCUUAUCUGAAUAAAAAUGAUGGUAUUAAGACUGAAAAUUAUGUGAAACCUAAAAUGGAUUCUGAGUAGUGACUCAGUGUUAUAUGAUUCUUUAUUCACAUGCCAAGUUAGCACU